AUGUUUUCUAAUGAGAGUUUUAUUUUUUCCUGUAUUUCAAUGGUGGGUUGUAUUUAUUCCGUUUUCAGUGAUUGUACUAGUUGAAUUCGUUUAAUUAAGUUAAUGAUCAUCUUUGAAAGCUUAUAUGGUUUUAUGCUAAUUGUUUGAAUUUUUGUAGAACUUUGAUAUCAAUAGCAUACAAAUCUUAUCUGUAUCAGUUGGUUUAAGGGGUAAUUUUGUGGAGAACGGUGGAAACUUGUAUGGCAACGAUAUUUCUAAUUAUUCUGCAUUUCGAAGGGAGGUUUAUGGGUUAAAUUGUUUUGAGUGGUUUCUUAUCUGGGUUUUUGAUUGGAUAGCCAAGCGGAGCUGAAGCUGUGUGAGGAGGAGCUUGAAGUGCGAAAUGGCUGGGGUUGCAACUGACGAAUGUGGAGUGGGAAGGUAUUCUGAGGGGAGUUCAAGCAGGCAGAAUUGCCUAUCAGGGGAGGCGUUGGCAGAAUGGCGGUCUUCUGAGCAGGUAGAAAAUGGAACACCUUCAACCUCACUGUUUUACUGGGACUCUGACAAUGGCGAUGGUGGGCCAAAACCCUCUGAAUUAUAUGGGAAGUAUACAUGGAAGAUUGAAAAUUUUUCGCAGAUAAACAAAAGAGAACUUCGCAGUAAUGCAUUUGAAGUUGGCGGCUACAAGUGGUACAUUUUAAUUUAUCCACAAGGUUGUGAUGUCUGCAAUCAUCUCUCAUUGUUUCUCUGUGUUGCUGAUCAUGACAAGCUUCUUCCAGGUUGGAGUCAUUUUGCACAGUUUACAAUAGCUGUUGUGAAUAAAGAUCCAAAGAAAUCAAAAUAUUCAGAUACUUUACAUCGAUUCUGGAAGAAAGAGCAUGACUGGGGGUGGAAAAAAUUUAUGGAGCUCUCAAAAGUUUAUGAUGGAUUUAUAGAAUCUGACACACUAAUAAUAAAAGCUCAAGUUCAAGUUAUCAGGGCAAAAGUAGACCAGCCUUUUCGUUGCCUUGAUCAUCAGUAUAGGAGAGAACUUGUUAGGGUAUACUUGACAAAUGUAGAGCAAAUUUGUCACCGCUUUUUGGAUGACAGACGAAGCAAUCUAGGGAAGUUCAUAGAGGACAAAGCUAAGUGGUCAAGCUUUUGUGCUUUCUGGUUGGGGAUAGACCAAAAUUCCAGGCGCAGAAUGUCCAGGGAGAAAAAAGAUAUGAUUCUGAAAGUAGUUGUGAAGCACUUUUUUAUAGAGAAGGAAGUGACAUCUACUUUGGUAAUGGAUUCACUCUAUAGUGGGUUGAAGGCUCUUGAAGGACGGAGUAAGAUAAAGAAAGCGAAGUCAAAAUUAUUGGAUGCUGAAGAAAUGCCAGCUCCAAUUGUUUGCAUGGAAAAAGAUAUGUUUGUAUUAGUGGAUGAUGUGCUACUACUACUAGAAAGGGCUGUUUUGGAACCAUUACCUCCAAAAGAUGAAAAAGGUCCUCAGAACCGAAAAAAGGAUGGAAAUUCUGGAGAGGAUUUCAACAAGGAUUCGAUUGAACAUGAUGAAAGGCAUCUCAUAGAAUUGGGUCACAGGACAGUGGAAAUUUUUGUUCUUUCUCAUAUAUUCAGCAACAAAAUAGAAGUUGCCUACCAGGAAGCUGUUGCUCUGCAAAGGCAAGAAGAACUCAUUCGUGAAGAAGCUGCAUGGCUAGCUGAAAGUGAGCAGAAGACCAAACGAGUAGCAUCUGAAAAGGAGAAAAAGGCAAAGAAAAAGCAGGCUAAGCAAAAACGGAACAAUCGUAAAGGAAAAGAUAAAAGGAGGGAGAAGGCUAUUGUGGCAGAAAAGGAGAAGCAACCAGGAAACCACCCAGAUGAUGAUAAGGAAACCUCUAUAAUUGCGGAGGUGCAGCCAGUGCCUGAAAAGUCCGAUGUACCGGGUGAUGUUUCUGACUUGGUUGAUGGUGCUACUGAAGUUCUUCAGCCCGAUUCAGAAGACAGAGAUGCUAGUCCUGUUAACUGGGAUACUGAUACAUCGGAAGCUCAUCCUCCCACAGAAGCCAGUAGCAGUGGCAUAACCGUACUAUCAUGUGUAUCGAAUGGAGUAGCUGAUAACAGGAGCAUAUUUAUAAUGGAUGAUAGUUCAUCAACAUGUUCAACAGAUUCAGUACCAUCGGUGAUAAUGAAUGGGCACUAUAAAUGGAACUCAUUUUCAAGCAACCAAAAUAAAAAAUCACCAAGCAGAGGAAAGAACCACCAAAGCAAAAUAUCAAGUGAUGGCAGUAGUUGGAGUGCGGAAACUAAUAGUCAGACUUCUUGUCCUACACCUGAUGCAAGGGACCAUAAUGAUGUUUCUGAAAAUAGUAAGGCUGGUGAAUCUGAGUCCGAGGCUGCUGCUUCCUCCUUGUUGAAUCAGACAAAGUGGACUGAGGAGGACUCUGUUACAAAGGAAGAAGUUGAUUUAGAAAAACCAAAAGAGAAGAUAGCUGCUAUACCAUCCUCUCCGAGAGGCCUUCCGAUAAAUCUGCCACCUUCUGCUCAGUUUAGGUCAGAGUACAGGAGUGCCAGCAGUUUGGAUUCUAUUCCAGUUAGCAAGGCAAUGCUGAACACCUUGCAACAGCGUGAUCAUCCUUCAUCAUCAAAUACAUCAUUCCAAAUGGCUGGUAUAUCAAAAUCUGAGUUUCAGAAGGCUGCAGCUCCAAAACCGGCUGAUAAACCUAUGACCACACAAGUGCCUGUGGUGUCGAGGCCGUCAAGUGCUCCUCUAAUUCCUCGUCCUAGGCCAACAGGUCUUGUUGUUUCUAUGGUUCAAACAACCCCUUUUCUUGCUCGUUCAGUUAGUGCAGCUGGUCGUUUAGGUCCUGACCCGUCACCUGCUACUAGGUAUGUGCCUCAAUCUUACAGAAAUGCCAUAAUGGGUAACCAUGUUGCUUCUAGUUCAUCUGGUUUCACUCAUCCCAACUCCCCUAGCUCAGUAGUCAACCCACUACCAGCAUACUUGCAACCAGCUGCCUUGGUAUCUGCAUCGGUUUAUAUACCCAAAAGUUCUGACCGGGUGGAGCCGAAUUCUGCCCAGUCAUGCUCUCCGUUUGGCAUGGCAACUAAGGAUACUUUGCCAAAUGCACCCCAAUGGUUGGAGAGUUAUCGAAGGGAUGGUGGUAGAAGUAAUCCUUCAUUGCUUAGUGAGAUCCAAAAUCUUGACUUGUACAAUUCCGAGCAUAAUGUAACCCGAGAGCGCAUCUUUGCUGAGCUUCCAGCAUCUACAUCCCAACAUCAUACUCAAGGUGUAUUGGGAGAUGAGUUUCCACAUCUUGAUAUCAUCAACGACUUGCUUGAUGAGGAACACAAUGUUGGGGGAGCAGUUAGGGCGGGAUCAGGGUUCCAUUCUCUUGGUUAUCGCUCACAUUUAUUAAACCAGCAGUUUUCUUUUCCAUCCAAUUUGGGCAUGUCAGGUGAGAUGGGACCCUCGAGUGGUGAAUGCAGGUUUGACCGAGCAUGGAGUUUCCACGACGAUGGGUUCCAACAAGGUUACAGCGGUUCCUCGGGCAACCAUUUUGAUACACCGAGGGAUUUUAUUCUGCAUGCCAGCCCCCUACCUUAUGCCAAUGGACAAAUUGGUGGAUUGGUCCCAACCCAGUGGCCAACCGCCUUUUCCGAUCUAUCUUCACUCGGGAUGAGGAAUGCAUAUGGUGAUAGUUACCCAUACUACAGCCAAGAGUAUUUUAGUCCGACAUGUGACGUCAAUGGCUAUACAGUAUUCCGACCUUCCAAUGGAUGCUAAAGAAAGGGUAACCAAGGACCGAAGUUGCGAACCGAUUCGAUUACUCGGCCAAUUUGAUAAUGUAUUUGAGGAAAAUUUGUUGGGUCUUAGAUUUGCAGUGAGUUUGUAAUCUUUUCUCAAGGAAAUACAUUUUAGUAGAAGAUUGUUAUUUGCUUCUUUGCAUCAAGUGUUUACAGUUUUAUUAUAGCUUUCUUCUAUUUCUUUUCA